UCUCCCAUCUCUUUGUUUAAACCAAUACAUUAUAUUUUUCUCCUUUCUCCUGCAGAUAUUUUGAAAAUUCAAACUCACACCAAGAAAUGGGUUGUUGCAUCAGCAAAUUCUCUCCUAAAACAGAAGAUUUCAAGCAAGUAGAAGAGCCUCAAGAGAAGUACUGUUACGCUCCAGAGAAGCUGUUCAUGUCUCGUUGUCCAAGUCGAGUUUCUCCGCUUCUUGUUCCGGACAAGAACCGGUUUAACCACAUCCCUGUCCCGGAUAAGUUUAUCCACAUCUCGGAUAAACUUCCUCCUCCUUCUCCUCAUGUAAAGCUGUCAUCUCUCUCUCCAAACGUCCAGCCUUCCACCACAAGCAACUCUUCUCUGACCUCAUCAAGCUCGUCACUUUCGACGGCCUCUUCAAUCUCUGUGUCAAAGGAGAGAUCUUUCUCUAACGACUUCUUGCGUGCUUGCUACCAAGAGAAUUCACACGUUGCUCGGAUCAGUUCCCUACGAGAAACUUCUCUUUCUCUGAAAAACGGGCAUCCUAACCGGUGUAAUUCCCCGGUUAAGCCAAACCGGUAUUCAACAACACCAAACAGAGCUAAUGCAACCCAGGAAAGAGGAACAUAUGGUUCUAAGAGAACCCGAGAGCCAUCUCCUAACCACCGUGCGUUGACGCGACAAAAGAGCUUUCGUAAAGAUCAAGAAAGUGUUAUCAUGUCUUCAUCAAGUUCUUCUUUAACCAAGGGGAAGUUCUUGAAGUCACCAUCUCCAAGCAGGAGAUUUGAAGGUAGUUUCUUGAAAUCGCCAUCUCCAAGCAGGAGAUUUGGUGUGAGGGAGGGAGACUUGAAGGUAACUUCACUUUCUACUAGUUUAAGGAAAGAUAGCUUAGAUCUCUCUCGUCUCAAGACUUUUCCUAAGAACAACAGAUCAGAGACUCGGAUUCAUCGUAUAAGUUCUAAGAUCAACACAACCACUAUCAGAGAAGUAGUUGAAAGCGACAAGGAACCGGUUGUUCCAAUGCUUGAAGAGAUCGGCAACCCGUUGAUUGAUUUGGAUUGCUUCAUCUUUCUGUAAGGAUUCAAUUUAUGUUUUUUUUUUUUUUUUUUGAAGAUG